AUGAUUAUUGAAGACGACGAUGAGGGACAUCAUGAUCAGGGGGAGCCUUCUAUAGUGCAUGAGGAAGAUGUGGUACAUGGGCAGGUGGAUAUACAUGAGCAUAUGAUGCACGAGCAGGUGGAUGUACAUGAGCAGGAGAAGGCUGCACCUGCUCAUGAGGGAGAGCAUAUGGAGGAGGAACAUGAUGGAGCUGAGAGACCUGGUGAGCUGACACGGUAUCCUGGAGGACCUUAUGAUUUGUCUGUCCUUACACGAUACCGUUAUCAUGUUUCAGCUAGACUAUGGUUUGGUGAGGGUAAUUUGAAGACGAUCGGCAACAACUUGAUAUCUGCGUUUGUUGAAAGAUGGCAUUCCAAUGCAUCGUCAUUUCACAUGCCAUUUGGUGAAAUGACAAUUACUUUGGAUGAUGUUGUCAAUCUUCUCGGAUUGCCUAUUAGGGGUGAGUUCUACAGUCCACCCGAUGUAGAUAGAGUAACGGAGGUCUUUAGAAGGCAGUGUGCAGCAGAGAGGUUUGAUUGUGCUGCUAGGGCAUAUCUGUUGAAUUUAGUCGGGAGUACUAUUUUCGCUGAUAAGAGUCAUACUCUAGUUGAUGCGAAGUACCUUCCUUUAUUCAGAUAUUUAGACGGUACAGAUAAAUAUGCACGGGGUACUGCUGCACUAGUGGUGCUUUAUGACUACCUCUUAGAUGCCUACUAUUAUGACACCAAACAGUUAGGUGGAUAUAUGACGCUGCUUCAGUGCUGGAUUUACGAAUGA